CGUAUCUACGUUUUCCUUUGCCGCUUUCACGCCGUUCUCUUCGGCGCACGUUUCCUUUUAGUGGUUUUUGUUUCCUCUGAGUUCGGGACGACUGAUGAACCUGCUGCCGAGGAUGGGGCCUUUUUAUCUGGCGGUUGAGACUAGGUGAAGCAGGAUGUCGGACGAAGGCAAGCUCUUUAUCGGUGGUCUCAACUUCGACACGAACGAGCAGUCAUUGGAAUCCGUCUUCUCCAAAUAUGGACAGAUAUCUGAAGUUAUUGUAAUUAAAGAUCGGGAGACACAGAGAUCAAGGGGUUUUGGUUUCGUCACCUUUGAGAAUCCCGACGAUGCAAAGGAUGCUAUGUUAGCCAUGAAUGGAAAGUCUAUCGAUGGGCGUCAGGUUAGGGUCGAUCAAGCUGGAAAGUCUUCUGGUGACCGUUCCCGAGGUUACAGAGGUGGAAAUUCAAGCAGUCGUGGAUUUUUUCGUGGUGGGUCUGGACGUAGAGCGCGUGGAUUUUCUAGAGGUGGUGGAGACAGAGGAUAUGUUGCACGCUAUGAUUCAAGAAGUGGUUACUCAGGAUCGAGAGAUUACUAUAACAGAGAUAGGAGCCAAGGGAGCUAUGGCGGUGGUGGUUCUUACAGGGAUAGUUAUGACAGUUAAGCUACACACAACGAAUAAAUAAAUCUUCUUGACUCAAGAUCGUCCUUCCUAUGGCUGUAUUUAUAAAGAUUUUCGGAGCUCCGUGGAAUCGUAUUGUGUACUUGUAUCCUCAUACCUUGUAGAAUUUCAGUUUGGCCUUGUUAAUCACAGCCUGACAGCUUCUGGCAUGAGGAUGCACACUAAGGGUUGUCUCAGUAAUUUUAGAAUUAAACAAUCUAACAAACCUAGAAUUCUCAGGCACUUGGCAAACUUAUUUUUUAGUAGUAUUCCCAGGUUUUAAGUUCAGACCAGUUUCUUUAUUUUAUGUUAACAAUACUCAAAUGCUUCCCAGAAGUUUAGCUAUUUCCGAAUUGAAGUUGUGGAGUUGACUGGAAUUUCAUUGGGGGAAGAAAUGCAAAAGGGGUUAACUGUGUUCUCAGUCUAUUUUUAUGGUAAGCAAACUGAUGUUUUAUAGAAGCUGAACAAGCUGUGGUCUUUAAUUAAAAAUAAAGGCUUUCAUAGCCACUUAUUCUUGUAAAAGCUGUCAUUUGAAAAGUUCCUUUAGUGUAGCAAGGUAGGAAACCAACAUGGAAACAGAAGAUAUUUGUCUGCCACUUAAACUGCUGAAGAUAAAUGGCUUUGUUUUUAACGUAAUUGGACAUCUGUGCAUCUUUCAGUAGUUUCAAGAGUUCUGUACACUGUAAACAACAUCAGCCUUGUUCCAGAUUCUUCCAAAAUUAAAUGAAGUUCUGAGCACUGUAUCUUUAUAAGAUGGACAUGUACUGGAUGAGAAAUAUUUGGAAAUGGCUUUUUAUGUUGUAUGUUCAAGUGGUUUAGAGUUGACUUUUUUGUACUGAAAACAGGCUUCACGAAGCCUCAUUAAAAGAAAUACCUGACUCAUAAUGCUGACUUUCCUGUAGUUGGAUUUUUGGGGGAUGGGAUAAAAUAGAAGUGUAGGAAGGGAUUAACUGUACUGCACUCUGUAGUGGGGAAAAGCAGUGGGUGAAGAGCCAUUUUAGAACAGAAUGGUGACGGGCGGGUGUUAAAAUGACCCAAGAGUCAGCAGUAGAGAUAAAGUAUCACUGUUCAGUUGUAGAUGAACAUUAACUGCAUUAUCCCACUUAACCUUGACAAUUAAAAUAUGAAUAAAUUUCCUAAGAAGUUGUUUUAGAUGCACAGUCUCGCCUUUACUGUAAAUUGUCAAAAUACAAUAGUGCAAUGUUUAUCCACACUAAAAUCUCUUUACAAUAAGUUGAAGGAAUACUAAUAAAAUAAGUACUGAUUAUUUAUCUUCCUCUCAUGCCUGGCAUGCACAAGAUCAUUACCAAUUCUGAUGCUUAUAUUUGGGAUGGCACUGUGAAUGAUUAUUCUUAACUUUUAGUCUUGAACUUCCAUUUUUUUUCUAAUGCAUAUAAGCAUCUAAGCAGAUUUGUGGUGCUGCACUCUUACGUGCAUUUUGGAAAAGGAUAAAUUUUGAAGUAGAGCCUUCCUGUGCGCUGUUACUAAAUUGGAAUAAAAAUCAGUUUUAAUACCAUAUGACAAAUAUUUCAGAAAGAAAUGUCUUUUUUUUUGAAGGACCUGUUAUUUUAUGUUCCUCAAAAGCUGGUGGCUUGGAAACAACAUUGAGAGCCAAGGGCUAAUUGAAACCAAAAUGGAAAGUUUCUAUCUAAAACUAUUAUCUAUAAAGUGAAAAAACUACUAGUAUCAGGAGCUGAAAGGUCUAGAAUUAGUUAUCAGAAAUGCUGGGAUAAAUGUUAUAAUAGUUUUAAAAAAAACACUGCUGCUAUAAUAAUAAAAAAAUUGGGCACAUCUAAAUUUUGUGCAGUCAUCUUGUUCAGGAAGGCGUUCCAAGUCCAUUAAAGAUCUUUAUAACAAUUCACAACUUCUAAGGAUCUUUGCUAGCAUUUGGAAAGAAAUGGCUUUGGAGAACGAAGUGCUGUACCACCUUCAAUGAAACCUGAGAUGAAAACAGUACAUGGCUAAAUGCAAAUGUGGAUAUAGCCCUAGAUUUGAGGUAACUCAUUUUACUCUCAUGGGCAGUUUACAUUGAGUUCAUUCAAAACAAUUCUGAAAUGAUAUGCUUGCAAACUUUCAUUUAUUUCUUGGAUUAGUUGUUAGAAAAUCCAACUCUUAAAAUUGAGCACCACAGCAAACCUUAUAAUGCUUCAUUUCUUGAUGUUCUAUUCAUUAAGUGCUUACUAUAUUCUAUAUUGAAGGGAGCAAUCUAAAAUAUUGCUCCCUUGUGGGAGGGAGUGGGGGGUUAAGAAAUUGAAUGUUACGCUGUUACGUUUCCUUUAAUAGGAUUUGAUUUGCUAGUGACUUUGAGAAAAUGGUUUACUGAAAAUUGUAAUUACCAUGUUAACAUAAUCGUAUCCUUACCCUCAAAGUUUAUAUGUUAACCAAAUUACUCCAUAUGUCCAAAUUUGAUUUUUUUUCAUGUUGCAGAAUGAAAUGGAUGACUUCAAGUGAAUAAUGUUGGUAAUGGUCCAGUGACAGAAGAUGAAUGCCUAUGUGAUUAAUAAGAAAAGAGCUGACAAUUUCUGAAAACCAUUGUCCUUGGAGAGAACAUUUUCUGUUUGCUAUGCUACUGGCUGAGGAGUAAAUCGUUAAAGGAAAAUAUGUUGGAAAAUGCAAGAAUACAGCAGCAUUGUACUUUGUGUCAAACUGGCUUUGAUUAAUCAACAAGGAUAUGUUAGUGGCUUCGGACUGAAUGAAUCCUGUGGGGGAGGUUACUGGCUUGUAAAUAAGAUUGGUGGAUUACUUUGGAGAGGUUGCGAAGGUCAGAGUAAGCUGAAGAUUGUACAAGAAUUUCCAUCUAUACAAGCUGAAUCAAGAAAAUUCCAUAAAAAUGGAAUGUUGUAUAGUUCUGGUUGUACUAAAAGUUGUAUGAUGCAGAUUCAGGAGAACUGUUUUAGCUGUUUGCAUAUUAUUAUUGUUUUGUUUGCAUAUUGAUUUUUUUUCACUGUUACAUUGAUGUCUUCUUACUGAAUAAACUAUUCCUUCAAGCAUU